AUGGGUUACCAAUUUAUCGAGUGGGAUCAAGGAUGGGACUAUAUACAGAAGGGGAUCACAAAGCUAAAGAGGAUUGUACAAGGAUUACCAGAACCGCAGUUCAACUCAGAAGAAUAUAUGAGGCUUUACACAACUAUCUAUAACAUGUGUAGCCAAAAACAUCCCCAUAAUUAUUCUCGGCAGCUGUAUGACAAAUAUCGGGAGACAUUUGAGGAAUACAUUACUUCAACGGUGUUGCCCUCUGUAAUAGAGAAACAUGGUGAGUGUAUGCUGCAGGAGUUUGUCAAAUGUUGGGAAAAUCAUAAGAUUAUGAUUAGGUGGCUGUCACGAUUCUUUAGUUUUCUUGAUGACUACUACAUCGCUCAAAAUCACGCAUCACAUCCUGGGCUGAAUGAAGUUGGACUUAACUGCUUCCGUAAUAUGGUUUAUCAGAAGGUAAAUGCUAAUGUGAGAUUUGCUGUACUUGUUCUUAUUGGUAAAGAACGUGAAGGAGAACAAAUUGAUAGAGCACUGUUGAAGAAUGUGAUAGAUAUAUUUGUUGAAAUUGGAAUGGGACAUAUGGAUCCUUAUGAAAAGGACUUUGAAGGAUACAUGCUAAUUGACACUCGUGAUUACUAUUCUCAUAAAGCUUCAAGAUGGAUUUGGGAGGACACUUAUACGAAUUACAUGUUGAAGGCAGAGGAAUGCUUGAGAAGGGAGAGGGAUAGAGUUUCUCAUUACCUGCAUCCAAGCAGUGAGAAGAAGCUGGUAGAGAAUGUGAAACAUUGGUUGGUGGUGGUAAAUGUAACUCAACUGAUUGAAAAGAAGCAUUCUGAAUCUGGAUGUAGUGCUUGGCUUACAGUUGAUAAUGUGGAGGAGCUUUCUAGGAAAUUUAUUGCUAAUGUUAUUUUGGAACAAGAAGUUCCUGCUCAAGGUUCAACCUUGGUUCAACAGCCUCAAGAUGCCGCAAUGCAGGAAUGA